AUGGACGAAGUGGAAAGAAGGCUUGAGGUGCUGGCUAACCAGCUAGCGCCUAAUGCUGAGGAGAUCAAGCAGCUAGUCCUCAAUCCUACAAGCCAGGAUCUGGUGGCGGGCGACCCCCUGAUGGCAGAGGAGGCGUAUGCGGUGCCGCUGCCGGAGACGCUGCAGCCGGAUGGCUCGUGGGACGUGUACAGGUCCUCGCUCUCCCCACGGAAGCUGCUCACCACCUUCCCAGAGCCGGACGAGCACGUGCACACGCUGUAUGACAAUUGGGAGACGGCAGUGGCGCGGUUUCCGCACGUGGCCGCCCUGGGCAGCCGCAAGCGCGACUCCAAGGGGGAGCUGGGGCCCUACACCUGGCUCACGUACUCGCAGGCGGGCGACAUCCGCACGGCCAUUGGGUCGGGGCUGCUGCACCUAGGGGUGUCCCCCAAGGCCAUGAUUGGGCUCUACUCUGUUAAUUGCAAAGAGUGGGUGCUGCUGGAUGCCGCGGCGCACGCCUACAGCAUGACCAGCGUACCCCUGUAUGACACCCUGGGGCCAGACGCUGUAGAGUUCAUCUGCAACCAUGCGGAGCUGUCUGUCGUGGGCUGCAGCACCGCGGUGCUGCCCACGCUCGCGUCCUGCCUCGCGCGCUGCCCCUCCAUCAAGCUGCUGGUGGUGUGGGGCGCGAGCGCGUCGCGGCUGCCAGAGCUGCCAGCAGACGCCAAGGCGCGGAUGGUCACUAUUGAGCAGGUUGAGUCCCUGGGCCGCCGCCACCCGCGCGCCCACGUGCCGCCGCGGCCCAGUGACCUGGCCACCAUCUGCUACACCAGCGGAACCACCGGCACGCCCAAGGGCGCGAUGCUGACUCACUCCAACCUGAUCGCCGACGCGGCCGGCACCGCGGCGCUGCUGGACGAGUUCCAGCCGGGGGACCGCCACAUCAGCUACCUCCCUCUGGCCCACAUCUACGAGAGAAACAACAUGACGAUGACGAUCCACAUGGGGGGCAGCAUCGGGUUCUACUCGGGCAACGUGCAGGAGCUGCUGGAUGACGUCAUGGUCCUCAAGCCCCACAUCUUUGUGAGUGUGCCGCGGCUGUGGAACCGGAUCUACGACAGAGUCAUGGGCGCCAUACGCGACGGCAACCCCAUGUCGCGCGCCCUGUUCGAGCGGGCGUACGCGUCCAAGAAGGCGGCGCUGGAGGCGGGUGACCUGGGUGGCGGGCGCUGGGGGCCGCUGUGGGACCGUCUUGUGUUCAGCAAGGUCAGGGCCAAGCUGGGGGGAGAGGUGAAGUACCUCACGACAGGCGCGUCCCCCAUCAGCGCGGAGGUGAUGCAGUUCCUGCGCAUCUGCUUCGGCUGCACCGUGCUGGAGGGCUACGGCAUGACUGAGACCAGCUGCACCAUAUCCCUCACGCGCCCUGACGACCCGACCAUCGGACACUGA